AAAUUCCCCGGACGCGAGGCCACAGAUCGCUCCCAGCCUCUCCCCCUCCGACGGUCGCGUCGUCUCGCCUCGACCCCACCCCGCGUCUCGCGCUCGGCUGCGGCAACCGAAGGAAGAGGAGCCAGCGCUAAGCUCCGGCAGGCAUGGCGGACCAGCUCACCGACGACCAGAUCGCCGAGUUCAAGGAGGCCUUCAGCCUCUUCGACAAGGACGGCGACGGUUGCAUCACAACCAAGGAGCUGGGAACCGUGAUGCGUUCGCUGGGGCAGAACCCAACGGAGGCCGAGCUCCAGGACAUGAUCAACGAGGUGGACGCCGAUGGCAACGGCACCAUCGACUUCCCGGAGUUCCUCAACCUGAUGGCCCGCAAGAUGAAGGACACUGACUCGGAGGAGGAGCUCAAGGAGGCGUUCAGGGUGUUCGACAAGGACCAGAACGGCUUCAUCUCCGCCGCGGAGCUCCGCCACGUCAUGACCAACCUCGGCGAGAAGCUGACCGACGAGGAGGUCGAUGAGAUGAUCCGUGAGGCCGACGUCGACGGCGAUGGCCAGAUCAACUACGAGGAGUUCGUCAAGGUCAUGAUGGCCAAGUGAGCCGCCUCUGCCGACGACGGCAUAGUACCCCCGGGAGGAGGAAACCGUGCAUUGCCGUAUUAGUAAGGGAUGCAACCCUGGUUUCCCUCGUCUUCCCUGAUGAAGAAAACCGAAUCGUACUAGCUGUAGUUGCUGAACAUUGCUAUUGCUAUCUCUCCAGUCUCCUGUGUGCCAUGGAACUUCCUUGCUUGGUUUUCUGUGUGAAUCUGUUAAGGCUUGCUCCGAUCUCUCCGAACCCUGAAUUGAAUUGCAGUUGAGUCCGUCUUUUUGUAGCACUGUUUUUUGUUCGUCAGAUCUGCUCGGAUCAUUUUAGCAUCAUCCAUCAAUGAACAGGCAGCUGCUUUCCAUUGUCC